AUGCAGUAUGCGUCCAGGCAGGUCGGAGAUGGCAACGACGAACUGGAGGAGCCACCGAAUUGGUUCAAACAGUACGAAGCGCGGCAACACAAAAUGAUAAAGGACGAGAUGAGCAGUGUCAAGGGCCUGAUUGACCAAGCACGGAUCGAGGCACAGGACGCUAGGAGGGCAACCGAGGAUGUGCAAGAUAAAAUGGAGGAGAUCGAGAUAGAAGUGGAAGGCAUCCGGAACGACCUCGACGACGUGUACCUUAGCAAGGAGCAGAUUGAGCAGCUCAUCGAAACUAAGAUUCAGCGUCACAGGAUCUCCGACUCCAGCCUCAUGAGCAUGUACUGGUCUCCGACUCCAGCUCUCACCUCCCGCACCCUCCGUACCUACCCCGGCCACUCCCGACUCCCGUGCCAGAGGAUGUUGAAUCAGGCAGCGGACUGCAGGUACCUCAACCAGGGCGGCAUCAGCAAGACCGAUAUGCGGAUAGUGAAGGUCAUCAUGUUCCCCGGCUUCAUGUCCAACUCGACCGAGCAUCUGACCAACGACCAGCACGACACCGCCUACCAGAACUCCGACGAAGAGGCAGACUACGACCUUACAGGCGACCUUGCGUCAGCGCAGGGUCUCGCGGGGCUCGGGCGGAUGAGCCAGUACAGUCCGUUCAGCAACAAUGAUUCCGUUCUGUCGCAAAACCAUCAAGAAUUUGUGCUAAAGGAUUCUGUGAUAGGCCAGGCUGUGCUGAAGCGUUUCAAAGGAUUGCAGAACUUAAUGAGUGUCGCUACGGCCACCAGCGAUUACGAUUUCGUUCUCGUGACACGGGACUCGGACCUUUGGCUACACAAGUUGGACCUCGAUUCUUUUGUAGACGCUCUCUGGCGUCUCGUUGAUGGGAGCAAACAGCUCUGCGUCAAGAGAAAGUACUUCUGCAAAGAGUUUACUGCAGAGAAUACGGUCCUGCGCCUCAGCCAGCUGACGGGGGACCGCUUCGAGCUCACCGUGUACGCGUCCGGGGGCAGCGCGGACGGCGGCUCCGCCGCGACUCUCGUGCAGGAGGGGCGGGUGCGCAACCUGGUGGCGAUACACCGCGUGGGGCAGCUGGAGAGUUCGCAGGUCUACGUCGCUUGGGUGAAGGUGUUCUGCGAGGGGCAGGCGCUCGAGAGCCAGCAGAAGGGCUUCAAGACGCUGCCCCCUCGGGUCCUCACCAUAUGGGACAAGCCUGACCACGAGAUCCUGGGAGUGGACAAGAUGGCCACGUCCAAGGAGAUCAUCAAAUCAUGGCGAUCGCUGUCCCUGCAGUUCCACCCGGACAAAGAGACCGACCCAGAGAAGAAGGAGGACGCGGAGGAGAUGAUGAAGCGGCUGAACAUCGCCAAGCAGAACAUGCUGCGCUCCUGCCCCACCAGCCCCGACGGCCCCGAGACCCCCACGCCGGACGCGGGCCCGCCCUCUCCUUUCCCAGGCUCUCCUGGGCAGACGAACGGCUUCGGCCAGGACUACGACGACCCGUUCGGCGGCCCAGGCGACGCCGGCUACUUCAGCGACAGCAACAUCGGCUCCGAAGACGACUGGCAGGGGGAGGCGCCGUGGCACGACGACGCAGGCGGAGCCGCUGGGCGCCCCGGCAGCUCGCAGGACCGCGGCCAGGGCGCAGGCGGCGCGGCGCAGGGCGAGGGGCGCGGCGCCGACGGCGCUGGCGGCGCGCGGGAGACGCUUUGCGCUGCUCCCUGCGCGUGGAGGCCCCGAAGCCUCCGAAGCUGA